UGUUGUGUGAUGGGGAAACAGAUUCUCACAUCUGAUGAGGUUAUUACUGCACAAUAUUCAACCAAAAUCUAUGUUCUGUCAUUUGAGGUUAUUUUAUAUUUUUCUGUAUGUUUUUGUUUUAAAUGCCAGACUGCAACUGAAGAUUAUCUUUACCCAGAACACAUCUGGUACUGAGGGGGUUAUCUAUCCUGUCUGGAUGGGACAGACCCAGAACACAUCUGGUACUGAGGGGGGGUUAUCUAUCCUGUCUGGAUGGGACAGACCCAGAACACAUCUGGUACUGAGGGGGUUAUCUAUCCUGUCUGGAUGGGACAGACCCAGAACACAUCUGGUACUGAGGGGGUUAUCUAUCCUGUCUGGAUGGGACAGACCCAGAACACAUCUGGUACUGAGGGGGUUAUCUAUCCUGUCUGGAUGGGACAGACCCAGAACACAUCUGGUACUGAGGGGGGUUAUCUAUCCUGUCUGGAUGGGACAGACCCAGAACACAUCUGGUACUGAGGGGGGGUCAUCUAUCUUACGCUGUAGCCUACCUUCUGAGGUCUACCUCUGUUUCACCUGUAUUUUCUCUGCCUCCAUCUCCCCCCGAGGGAAACUUCUCCAUCUUCCCCCCCCCCGAGGGAAACUUCUCCUCCAUCUUCCCCCCCGAGGGAAACUUCUCCUCCAUCUUCCCCCCCGAGGGAAACUUCUCCAUCUUCCCCCCCGAGGGAAACUUCUCCUCCAUCUCCCCCCCGAGGGAAACUUCUCCAUCUUCCCCCCCCCCGAGGGAAACUUCUCCUCCAUCUCCCCCCCGAGGGAAACUUCUCCUCCAUCUCCCCCCCGAGGGAAACUUCUCCUCCAUCUCCCCCCCGAGGGAAACUUCUCCUCCAUCUCCCCCCCGAGGGAAACUUCUCCUCCAUCUCCCCCCCGAGGGAAACUUCUCCUCCAUCUCCCCCCCGAGGGAAACUUCUCCUCCAUCUCCCCACCGAGGGAAACUUCUCCUCCGUCUCCCCCCCGAGGGAAACUUCUCCUCCGUCUCCCCCCCCCCGAGGGAAACUUCUCCAUCUCCCCCCCCCCCCGAGGGAAACUUCUCCAUCUCUCCCCCCGAGGGAAACUUCUCCUCCAUCUCCCCCCGAGGGAAACUUCUCCACAGAGGACUAGUUAUUGUACCUGAUCAGUUCUUCGAAUCAUUUAGUUGUUUUUUUUGCAAAGUGUUUUAAUAUUUUUGUACCACAUAGUGUAUAUUACCGUAUUUAUAAGCUAUAAAGAAAAACAUUGUAUAUCUAUCUAUUCAUUGAAUUCUUGCAGUACUUUGUCAUUCCGUCUUUCAAUAUAUGCCUCAUUUUAUUUUUCUACGAUGUGUCGGACAGUCCAAACGCAUGGCGACAAUCUUAGACAAUAUCAACAAUCCUUUCGUAAUGUCCUGUCCCGUCUCUGUCCUGUCCCGUCCCGUCUCUGUCCUGUCUGUCUCUGUCCUGUCUGUCUCUGUCCUGUCUGUCUCUGUGCCGUCUCAAACUGAAAGACUGUUGGGGGAAAAGGGAUCCUUGUUUAAACUGGGUUGGUUUUUUCUCUCCCUGUUUAUCCAAUCAGGGCUGUGGGACAUUUCAGACUGAAACUGAGGACGAGAUAAAGCUGUCAUCCUCUCAGAACAUUCACACAUACCUCAAAACGUCCGUCUUCAGAACAUUCACACAUACCUCAAAACGUCCAUCUUUGUCUUUCUGUUGUCCAAUGGGCAGGCCAACUUUCAAUAUAGACUGGAAGGACAUUACUGGGUCCUGGUUCUCUCGAUCUUCUCUGCUACUACUGUUACAGCUAUGUAUCUUGAUCAAAAUGGCCGUCUUCUGUCCAGACCCAGACACACUAAGUCCAAUCCUUGCUGAGCCCCUGUUCCUGUCUGUCUCUAGCUGAGACAGUCUCCUGUCUGUCCCCUGCCCCGGUCUGUCUCUAGCUGAGAGUCUCCUGUCUGUCCCCUGUCUGUUUUUAGAUACAACCAGCAUUGUUGGAAAUGUGGUCAUUCUCUAAGUGCACUUUACAGUUCUGAUCGUACGUCCUGGUACAGACAACAUGAUACACACAGCUCAGAUGGAUAGGAGGAGGAAUGUGUUUGUGUGGUCUGGAUGUUUGAACGAGCGACGUAGUGAGUAAGGUUGGUGCUGCAGUUCAUACAUCUGGAUAUAACGGAGAGAGAGGGAGGAUAUGUCGUCAGAGGUUCCUGAUGUACACAUGGUGGUUGUAGAGAGGGAGGAUAUGAUGUCAGAGGUUCCUGAUGUACACAUGGUGGUUGUAGAGAGGGAGGAUAUGAUGUCAGAGGUUCCUGAUGUACACAUGGUGGUUGUAGAGAGGGAGGAUAUGAUGUCAGAGGUUCCUGAGGUACACAUGGUGGUUGUAGAGAGGGAGGAUAUGAUGUCAGAGAUUCCUGAUGUACACAUGGUGGUUGUAGAGGGAGGAUAUGAUGUCAGAGGUUCCUGAUGUACACAUGGUGGUUGUAGAGGGUGGAUAUGAUGUCAGAGGUUCCUGAUGUACACAUGGUGGUUGUAGAGGGAGGAUAUGAUGUCAGAGGUUCCUGAUGUACACAUGGUGGUUGUAGAGGGAGGAUAUGAUGUCAGAGAUUCCUGAUGUACACAUGGUGGUUGUAGAGAGGAGGAUAUGAUGUCAGAGGUCCCUGAUGUACACAUGGUGGUUGUAGAGAGGGAGGAUAUGAUGUCAGAGGUUCCUGAUGUACACAUGGUGGUUGUGGAGAGGGAGGAUAUGAUGUCAGAGGCCUGUCCUGGGACUUUACAUUGAUAACAGAGGUCUUCUGGUCUACCAGCAUCGGUCUCUGAUAGUAGAGAUGUCUGGGUCGGCCUGUCCUGGGACUUUGCAUUGAUAACAGAGGUCUUCUGGUCUACCAGCAUCGGUCUCUGAUGGUAGAGAUGUCUGGGUCGGCCUGUCCUGGGACUUUACAUUGAUAACAGAGGUCUUCUGGUCUACCAGCAUCGGUCUCUGAUAGUAGAGAUGUCUGGGUCGGCCUGUCCUGGGACUUUACAUUGAUAGCAGAGGUCUUCUGGUCUACCAGCAUCGGUCUCUGAUAGUAGAGAUGUCUGGGUCGGCCUGUCCUGGGACUUUACAUUGAUACCAGAGGUCUUCUGGUCUACCAGCAUCGGUCUCUGAUAGUAGAGAUGUCUGGGUCGGCCUGUCCUGGGACUUUACAUUGAUACCAGAGGUCUUCUGGUCUACCAGCAUCGGUCUCUGAUAGUAGAGAUGUCUGGGUCGGCCUGUCCUGGGACUUUACAUUGAUAACAGAGGUCUUCUGGUCUACCAGCAUCGGUCUCUGAUAGUAGAGAUGUCUGGGUCGGCCUGUCCUGGGACUUUACAUUGAUAACAGAGGUCUUCUGGUCUACCAGCAUCGGUCUCUGAUGGUAGAGAUGUCUGGGUCUGCCUGUCCUGGGACUUUACAUUGAUAACAGAGGUCUUCUGGUCUACCAGCAUCAGUCUCUGAUGGUAGCUGCUUUUCCAAAAUGUCUGUUGAGUGGACGACUGUUGGUGAGAGAAGGGAAGUGGAGUAGCUUGAUUUAACACUUGUCUUGGUUAGAAGGUUAAAACAAGUUGCUGUUCUGACGUUAGAUGCUUGUUGUUAUCGAUGCUGUCCCAAAUGGCACCCUAUUCCCCAUAUAGAGCACUACUGUUGACCAGGGCCCUAUAGCUCCCUAUUCCCAGGGCCCUAUUCCUUAUAUAGUCCACUACAUUUGACCAGGGCCCUAUAGCACCCUAUUCCCUAUAUAGCCCACUACAUUUGACCAGGGCCCUAAAGGAGUGCAGGAUACAGGGAAUAGGGUGCCAUUUGGGGCCCUUUUUGUCUCCAUGUUUCUGGAGCUCUGACAUAAAGAUGAGGAACACAGCAGAGGUUUAUUGGCAGUUUGAACAUUUUAUCAUUCAUCCAUUUUGAUACCCAUGGUGCUUUGCAAGGAUGUAUACAGCUCAACCAACAUUUGGUUAGUCAGAAUGAUUAUUUCCAUUUCCACUCAACUCUACUUCUUCUCCGUUGAUUUGCUUUCCAUGUAAACCAGGGUGUAAUGGAUGUGUACAGCCCAUUCAAUACUACAAGAAGCUGUUGGAACAAAAUUAAAUGUGGAUUUUUGUUUUGUUUUUUAAAUAAAAUGAAUGAACUUUCAUCUUGAA